AUGAAGCCCAUCCAGGCGCCAUUGGCCGAUCCAGCACUGCUCGACAAAAUCGAUCAAUUAUUCGCCUGCAGUGUCGGAGAGUACAUCAAUCUCCCACAGCUCGUUGUGGUCGGGGAUCAAUCCAGUGGCAAAAGCUCGGUUCUCGAAGGUCUCACCAAAUUGCCGUUUCCCCGGGAUAGCGGUCUCUGCACCAGAUUCGCGACACAGAUCAUCUUUCGUCGAUCGAAAGUGCAAAAAGGUCGCAGAAUUACGGCAUCAAUUAUCCCAGGCCCGAACGCUUCACCAGAGCAGGCCGAGAAGCUACGGGAAUUCAUGAUCACUCAGGAUGGGAAUAUGCCGCCUGAGGAGUUUUCCCGCAACAUGAAGGCUGUACACAGGCUGAUGGGCCUCUCGCCCUCUGACAAUCCCACCCGCUCAACCUUCUCAAACGAUAUCUUUCGCUUGGAAAUAUGUGGACCGUCAGAAGACCACCUGACCGUCAUUGAUGUUCCAGGAAUCUUCAUGAACACAACUCCGGGUAAGACCACUCGCAAAGAUAUGGAGAUGGUCAAAGACAUGGUACAUGGCUAUAUGAAGAACCCCCGAUCCAUCAUGCUCACCGUCGUGCCGGCGAACGUCGAUAUCGCAACACAGCAGAUCAUUGAGAUGGCACGUCAAGUUGAUCCAGACGGAGAUCGAACACUGGGCGUUCUCACAAAGCCGGACUUGGUGGACAGCGGAGCCGAGCAGAAAGUCAUUGAUCUCGUCAAUGGACAAGACAUGAUUCUCAAACAUGGUUGGAUUAUGGUGCGCAAUUUGAGUCAGCGUGAGCUAUUGGACGGCAAUGCCGAUCGAGAUACCCAAGAGAAGGAAUGGGGUUCUAAAGAGCCAUGGGACAAAAUACCCCGUGAUCGAUUCGGCAUCGCAUCGCUGACAGCGAGAUUGAGAGAAGCUGUCACCGAUAAUGCCCGUCGGGCCUUCCCUCUGGUUCGUGCAGAGAUUCUGAAUAAACUUAGAAAGUCCAAAGAUGACCUGCAUCGAAUGGGCGGAGAGAGAGAGACUUCGGAACAGCAGGCAAACUACCUACUCAACAUCAUAUCAAGAUUCCAAGAGAUUGCUAAUCAAGCCCUAAACGCCCACUACGGUGCUGACGAGGUGUUCGAUAAUUACCCGGAGCUCCGCCUUGCCACGCUUGCCACAACUCGGAACACGAACUUUGCCGAAGAAUUAGUACGAUGGGGGCAUGAAUAUCGAUUCAAGGAAGAGACUAAAGAGGCCUUGGACGAGGGAUGUGUCGAAGUCCAAGGGGAGCCUAUCCAGUCACAACAUUCAGUUGAGACAAGAAAGACGUCCAAUGUCCCGGCUUUGACGACCAUGGUCCCGGAGUCUCCUUUGGAAGAAGCGCCCUCCAACAGUGACAUCCACCAAUGGCUCAACCAGGUGUAUAAUGCAUCCCGAGGAUUUGAGAUUGGCACCUUCAACGCGAGGCUUCUAUCAACCAUAAUGAAGAAGCAGUCUCAGAAAUGGAACAACUUUGCUCGAGGAUACGUUGGCGACAUAAUUGUAUAUGUUGACCAAUUCAUACGAAAGGCCCUUGAGCUCGCUUGCAACGAUAAAAGAGUUUUUGAGCAGCUAAUAGCAAUCUCAUUCAACUGUCUGGUGGACAAAUACCAGUCUGCAUUAGAUCAUGUCGAAUUUCUGCUCGAAGUGGAGCGCGAUGGAAUAUUGAUGACAAUGAAUCAAUAUUUUAACGAAUCUCUUCAAAAAAGUCGAGAGGACCAAAUCCAAGCUCUUCUGAAGCCCAAGACAUUUCGUCUCAAUGGCUAUGAAGAGGUUGUCAGAGUGAGCGACGUCCAACUUCGCCACAGCUCUAGCAACACAGAACAAACCAUCAGGGAUAUGCACGACAUUCUCCAGGCGUACUACAACGUGGCAGUCAGACGAUUCAUUGAUAAUGUAUGCAUGCAGGGGGGUAAUCAUUUCUUACUGAACGGACCCGACUCGCCUCUCAAAUUUCUGUCUUCCUCCUUUGUCUCCAGUCUUUCACCGGAAAAGCUGAAGGAAAUCGCCGGAGAGGCGCCGACGACCCAGCGAAAGAGGAUUGGGUUGAAGAAGAUGAUCAAAGAUCUUGAGGCUGGGAAGCGAAUUCUGCUUUAG